AAAGCAGUAUACUUCUUUACUCUUUGGAUUCCUCCUUAUUCAUUUAAACGAUUGUUCAAUUAUUUUUCCACCUCUCAUUGGUAUUUGAUCAUCAUUUGAUUCGUCUCUACCUUGGUAAUCAAUUAUGGCACCGGUUCGUGGGGAUGGCAUGAGAGGUCUAGCGGUUUUCAUAACGGACAUUAGAAAUUGUAAAAGUAAAGAGGCGGAAAUCAAGAGGAUAAAUAAAGAGUUAGCUAACAUUCGAAAUAAGUUUAAAGGGGAUCGGACUCUUGAUGGCUAUCAGAAAAAGAAAUACGUUUGCAAAUUAUUGUUUAUAUUUCUUCUUGGACAUGACAUAGACUUUGGUCACAUGGAAGCAGUCAAUUUGUUAAGUUCCAAUAAGUAUUCUGAGAAACAAAUAGGCUAUUUAUUUAUAUCGGUUUUGAUGAACGCAAACAACGAAUUGAUGAAGUUAAUCAUUCAGUCAAUCAAGAAUGAUCUUUCUUCUCGUAAUCCAGUUCACGUUAAUCUUGCUCUGCAAUGCAUCGCCAACAUUGGUAGCAGGGAGAUGGCAGAAACAUUUGGCAAUGAAAUACCAAAGCUUUUAGUAUCUGGGGAGACAAUUGAUGUAGUCAAACAAAGUGCUGCUCUCUGUUUACUUCGCUUGUAUCGGACAAUGCCAGACAUAUCUCCAAGUGGUGAAUGGACAUCACGUAUUAUUCAUCUUCUCAAUGACCAACACAUGGGCGUUGUAACCGCCUCAGUGAGCUUAAUUGAGAACCUGGUCAAAAAGAAUCCUGAUGAAUACAAGAAUUGUGUAUCUUUAGCUGUUUCACGUUUAAGUCGUGUUGUAACAGCUUCUUAUACUGAUCUUCAAGAUUACACUUAUUAUUUUGUGCCAGCUCCAUGGCUUUCUGUUAAGCUUCUACGACUUCUUCAAAAUUAUCCUCCUCCUGACGAUCCAGGUGUCCGAGGUCGUUUGAAUGAAUGUCUCGAGACCAUUCUGAAUAAAGCACAAGAACCACCCAAGUCGAAAAAAGUGCAACAUUCCAAUGCUAAAAAUGCCGUGCUAUUCGAAGCCAUUAGUCUUAUCAUUCACAUGGAUAGUGAGGCAAACUUACUAGUUCGUGCAUGUAAUCAACUUGGAACAUUCCUUCAACAUCGCGAAACCAAUCUGAGGUAUUUAGCCCUGGAAAGUAUGUGUCUUCUCGCAACCUCUGAGUUUUCUCAUGAUGCCGUCAAGAAGCAUCAAGAAACUGUUAUCAACGCUCUCAAGACCGAACGUGAUGUAAGUGUUAGACAAAGAGCAGUUGAUCUUCUCUAUGCUAUGUGUGACAAAACCAACGCAGAAGAGAUUGUCGCUGAGAUGCUUUCAUACUUGGAAACUGCCGAUUAUUCCAUUAGAGAAGAAAUGGUUCUCAAAGUUGCCAUACUUGCAGAGAAAUAUGCUUCAGAUUAUACCUGGUAUGUUGAUGUUAUCCUAAAUCUUAUUCGUAUAGCCGGUGAUUAUGUCAGUGAAGAAGUUUGGUAUCGUGUCAUUCAAAUUGUUAUCAACAGAGAAGAUGUGCAAGGUUAUGCUGCUAAAACUGUAUUUGAGGCUUUGCAAGCUCCAGCUUGCCAUGAAAAUAUGGUUAAAGUAGCUGGUUAUAUACUCGGAGAGUUUGGUAAUCUCAUUGCUGGUGAUCAAAGAUCAAGUCCGAUGAUUCAAUUUGAAUUAUUACACUCAAAAUAUCAUCUCUGUUCAGUACCAACUCGAGCUCUUCUCUUGACAUCAUACAUUAAAUUUAUUAACCUUUUCCCUGAAAUCAAAAAUGAGAUUCAAUCAGUAUUGAAACAAGACAGCAAUAUUAGAAGUGCUGAUGCUGAGCUUCAACAACGAACUGUUGAAUACCUGCAGCUGAGUCAAAUUGCCAGUGAAGUUCUUGCAACUGUUUUGGAAGAAAUGCCACCUUUCACGGAGAGAGAAUCUUCUAUUUUAGCUAUACUUAAGAAAAAGAAACCCGGUAUGAGUGAAAGUAUAACCAGUGCACCUAAAGAACACAAAAGCACCGUAUCCAAUAACAUGAUGAGUGAAAUGAACGGUACUCGUAAUCUAAAUGGUGGAUUAACUGAUUUACUUGGAUUAAAUACAACUCCCUCAGCUGGUCAGCAAACAUCUACUCGUAAUACUACCAGUAGCAAUUUGUUGGUUGACGUUUUUGACAGUUUUGACAAUCCACCACAAGAGAUAGGUUCAUUUAAUAAUGAUAAUCAAACAGUACCAAGUGGUAUUGUUGUCAGUAAUGAAGAGGGACUCAGAAAGUUAGUCUGUAAAAACGCUGGAAUUCUCUUCGAGAAUGACAUUAUACAGAUUGGUGUCAAAGCUGAAUAUAAAGGAAAUCUCGGUCGAAUUUCAAUCUACUAUGGAAAUAAAACCAGUUACCAUUUCCAGAAUUUCCUCCCUAAUAUCACAACUCCCGGUGAUUUAACUAGAGCUCUCAAUAUACAAGUGAAACCAGUUGAAUCUGUUAUCGAGGCAGGAGCUCAAGUUCAUCAACAAUUAAACAUCGAAUGUGUUGAAGAUUUCAAAGAAAGACCUGCGUUAAUUGUCCAAUUCCUAUAUGCAAAUCAACAGCAAAGAUUUGACCUUUUAAUACCACUGACUAUUAAUAAAUUUUUUGAACCUACUGUUAUGAAUGCAGGAGAUUUCUUCGCACGUUGGAAGAAACUCGAAAAUCCUGCAACAGAAGCGCAAAAAAUAUUUAAUGCCAAAUAUCCCAUCGACACAGAAGGGAUCAAAAGUAAGCUUAUAGGAUUUGGCUUACAACUCUUGGAAAAGAUCGAUCCAAAUGAAUCAAACUUUGUCUGUGCCGGAAUCGUACAUUCGAGAGUUCUUCAAGUAGGCGUCCUCUUGAGGUUUGAGCCAAGCUUAAAAGCACAGAUGUUCCGUUUGACGAUUAGAUCAAGCAAGGACACUGUUUCACAUCAACUGUGUGAACUAUUACAUGACCAAUUUUAAGUAGACUAAUGCUCGUUUCAUCUCUGUCUUUCUCUCUUCUCUAUCGUUCUAUCUUUCAACUCUUGUUCUUCUUCUUGUCCUGAACCUGUGACGGCAGAUUCCGUUUUAUCGAUUUAGUGGCUAUUGAUUGAAUGAUUGAGUAUUUAAAUUUUUUUUGGUGUCGAUGAUGAAAAGAAACUAAAUGUUUGAGCAACGAAAAUAAAUUAAUACCUUAGCUCAACAUACAGAUUGACAUUCUCCUCUUUACCGUUUACUGCUUUAAUGCUGUAGUAGUUUGUCAAUCAAAUAAUACCGAUAAUGUUGUCAGUUAAUUAUCAAUUAGAAGCUUUUCUACUCAUCAAACAAUUCUAAUCAAUUCUCUAUUUCUCUUCCAUUAUUAUCAUGAAAUGAAUUGAGGAGUAUAAGAUCUAUGGUUUCAAAAGGUGUUAAGGUGUGAAUAUUAAGGUUUUCAUCGCUAUAGUAAAUAAUUUUAAUUUUUAUUUAUGAUCAAAGUUUGAAUGGAGGACUGUUGAAAAGAUAAUUAGUUGAUUAAAUGUAAAAUUGCGAUUAUAGCAUUUUUAAUUGUUAUCUGAUUGAUUCACUUGUGAUGAACUAAUUCUUUUCAAAACUAAAACAUUCUGAUUACUGAUGUCUCUCAAAUUGAAAAGAAUCACCAUUAGGUUGAACAGUAAUUUCCUCUUUUAUAGCAAUUCUUAUGAAAAUAAUCAAGCAAUACUCGUAGCUCAUGUAAAACAAAUCAAUUUAUAUGCAUGAUCAAAAACUAAACAAAUUGGGAUCUCUUCAUGAUAAAAAAAAUCUGGCAAACCUUUUGGAACCAAUAACCACUUGUGACCAUGGAUUGGCGACACCUCAACUGACACCUCACCUUUCAUUGCUACUGCUAUUAAUGGAUGGUAUUUGAAGAUAACAGUUAAUACUUGUGACCGGUAAUCAAUAAUUCUUAAUAAAUUAAAAUAUCAAACAAUCGCAAAAAUCAUGUUGAUCAAAUCUUGUAUAAGUGUUAAUUUACGUUAAUCAUUAAAAAAAAACAACCAAAUUAAAA